AUGGGCCGCACGCCGGCCUAUAUCUUUGUCGUCAGGCACGGCAACCGACUCGAUGCCGCCGACAAAAAAUGGCACCUCUCUUCUCCCACUCCUUACGAUCCUCCUCUUACAUACGGUGGCUGGCUCCAGUCAAGACAGGUCGGCAACCAGAUUUCAAACAUUCUCGAACAGGCCAAGAUCGAACAUGAAGCAUGUGGCAAGCGACGACGGUUCAAGGUGGUAGUCCACAGCUCGCCCUUCUUGCGAUGCGUCCAAACCUCCAUCGGAAUCAGCUCUGGUCUCGCCCAGACCCCUCCAGACUCGCCUCAUCGCCCUUCCGACAUAUUUGUUUCAGCAGCCGGCCCCCCAAAGCACUUUCGAUCGACCAUCUUGCGCCUUGACUCCUUUCUCGGAGAAUGGCUUUCCCCCGAAUACUUUGAAAUGAUUACUCCGCCGCCUGGCGCGGCGCUCAUGAUGGGUAGCGCAAAGGCCGAACUGCUGAGGCGCGAAGACUACAGCACACUGGUUUCGCCUCCUACGGUUUCCCAUACAAUUUCUCACAAGAGCUCAACUGCCUCUUUAUGGAACGGCUCACCCAGCGCAAGCCCGUCGAUUCGCCCGAUGCAGCCAACAUCAUCGUCUGCACCCGAGAUGGGCUCCACAGGUUCGGCCAUGGCAGCCGCGCUCUCUGGACAGCUCGCCAAUCAGCAAGACAAGAAGGGCUAUACUAUUCCCAAGCCCAACUACGCCAUCUCGAGUUCUGGAAGAAUCCCCGAGGGCUUUGUCGCACAUGCCCGGGAUGAAUGCGUGGUGGUUGAUUACCAAUGGGACUCGAUGAGGCCCAACUUGAAUUUUGGCGAUGGUGGUCAGUUUGGAGAAGAGUGGACGUCCAUGCACAAGAGAUUCCGACAAGGCCUCAAGAAGCUUGUCGACUGGUAUUCCACAACUGAGACGCCCGAUGAGAUGGUGACACGGUCUCCUGGCGGAAUGCAGAACGGCGUCGACAGCGACGCAUCUACCUCGGAGGACGAAGAGGUGGAGACUGUGGUCAUCCUCGUGUCGCACGGCGCUGGCUGCAAUGCCCUGAUCGGCGCCAUCACUCACCAGCCUGUCCUAAUGGACGUUGGAAUCGCUUCCAUCACUAUGGCGGCGCGGAAACAAGACGCAGACUACACUGCUCUGCUGGCCACGUCACAGCUCGAAAACCCCGACGGAGAGCCACACGUCUCACCUCAUCAAGUCUACGAUAUUCGCAUGUCUGCAAGCACCGACCACUUGCGAUCAACCACAUCAACUCCGAUCUCUUCUCGAUCGACCUCGGCCGAAGGAUUUCCCAUCUCUGCGAGCAACCGUGGGCGUGCCCCGAGCAUCAGUAGCACUGAUGGACCAGGACCACUCAUUGGCUCCUUUGUCUACUCAGACCCCAUUAUUCCAAAUGGGAGUCGCAGCACCUCAGCCAGCGCAGCUCUGGGAUCAUCGAUACGCCGAAGUUCGGCUUCCCAGCGGCCCUCAACGCGGACCCCGGCUCUAGCAGCGGGUGGGGCCGGGCCGAGGAGCAACUCGCCCGGCAUGGGCCCCUCGUUUGGCCUGUGGUCACCAGGACCAUCUUCACUCAGGCUAAUGGAUGAUGGCGGGGACGAUGAGUCUGAGAAGGAGGACUUUGACACCGUGUUGCCCAACUUUGGUCGCUUCAAGGAUGCAACCCACGAGAACAAGCAGGAUACUGCCCAGUCUUCGAACUUGGAGUUGGCCCUGACACCCACACUUUCCUUCUCUUCUCCUCUUCCACCACCAGCGUUCCCUGCUCUGGGUUCUUUUUCAUUUCCUUCUAGCGGGGACUCCACCCCCAAGAGCAAGCCUCGAGGGCCUAUACUGUCGGCCCCAAUUCGAAUCAAGACGGAUGUUAUCCACGACUUUGACAAGCCUGCCGAGGAGCUGACUAUUGGUCAGCUCGGUGACGGACUUGGCGGACUAUGGGGCCUUCCCCGGCCUCCUGGCGAGGCUGAACGAUUCCGUGAUAUGAGCCUUUCGAAACGACGCUGGACGACUACGGAGCGUGCUUGA